UGCGCUUAGGCGUCGAAAAAACAAAAGUAAAGCGGCAUUUCCAAAUAGAAUUGCAUUUUCGAAUUGUUGUUAGCGUUCUGUGGAGCAGUAUAAAAUGAGUUCUGAGUCGAAAACUUUUUUCAAAAAUUUGAAGCAAGUAACCCGAAAAAUUAGUAAUGACGUGGGGGAAAUUAAAGAAACUUUAGAUUGCGUUGCGUCAGAUAAACAGCCAGCUGCCAGAAAAUUUCAGCAGCUACAAGAUCGAGUGGAAAGCCUCAAGGAAGAGGCAUGUGCUUUUAAAGAGGAUAUUGGACCAAAAUUUUUUCAGAUGAAAAACUUUGUUAAUGAUUAUAAGGAACUCGCUUUAGAAAUAGAUUUUCUAGUUUCCAAGCAAGAAAAUUACUUGAAGAAAUUUGGAUACGUGCCUCUUCAGGAAGAAAUACCUGCUGUCAGUGAAGCAGUGCCUGAAAAUGAAAAUGAACAUGUAAAUGCAGAAAAAGAAAAAGGUCAAGAAGGAGAUAGCCAUCUAACUCCUGUCCUAUCUGAUUUUGGUUUAAGUUCUCCUAAGUCAAAACAAGUGAGAGAGAAAGAGGAAGAGAGUCAACAAACUCCCGUUCUAAAUCUCAGAACAAAAGCAAAUAUUGUGCAUGGAUUACCACUUAGUACUUCUACAUUUGAAGAUAUGAUUGAUCCUGAGAAACACGCCAUAAGUUCAAGAGACAUUCCGCAGGAAGAUGAAGUAAAUGAAGCAACAACGCCCGUGACACCUGUCCUUAACAUACGAAAGCCAGAUGAAGAUUAUGUUUGUUCUGCAAGAAAGGAUUACUUUUUUACAACUCCAAUUUUGUGAAAUGUUUUCAUUUUUAUUAUGUUUGCAAUUUUGUGUUUAUGCUGUUAAUAAUAGUGUUUUGUAAAUAAAAGUUUAUUACC